AUGGGUGAGAUGCCAUCAAAAAAUAAUAUGAUUUCCACCCUUAUCGUAUCGCCAGCAAAUGGCGCGACUCUUCAAACAAAUACACCAUUUACAGUUAAUGUAGUAUCAACCAAUCUCAAUGCUGGCUUUUUCUCAAAUCCAGCCACACAAUAUUAUGUAAAUCCACAAUCACUUGGUGCUAAUGGUAAUAUUAAUGGUCAUAGUCACGUUACCAUCCAACAAAUCAAAGGUAAUACUCCUCCUGAUGCGAGAGUGUUUUCAUUUUUCGUGGGAUUGAACAAUGCUACUAAUAACCAAGGACAAUUAGUUGCUAAUGUUGCAAAUGGUGUACCAACUGCUGGCACAUAUAGAAUUUGCACUAUGACAGCUUCGGACAGUCAUCAGCCUGUUAUGAUGCCUAUUGCUCAACGUGGUGCUCAAGAUGAUUGUAUCAGGGUUAAUGUUGUUCAAGCCAAUGCUGGAAAGGGUGGAAAUCAAGCUCAGGGUGCUGGUGCUAAUGGAGGAAAAGCUGCAGGAACUCAAGCUCAGGGUAAUGGUGCUAAUGGAGGAAAAGCUGCAGGAACUCAAGCUCAGGGUACUGGUGCUAAUGGAGGAAAAGCUGCAGGAACUCAAGCUCAGGGUGCUAAUGGAGGAACUCAAGCUCAGGGUGCUAAAGGUGCAAGGAAAGCCAAAGGAAAGAAAGCAGCUAAAGCAGCAAAAGCAAAAAAGAGAAUGUUUUAA